AUGGCUGGACCUCGCCCAGACAUAACAGAGUUUGCCUCACCCCAGGGCAAGCAGGGCCUGUUCAUGACAGCUGGGGACACAGCUGUCCUGGCUAAGGCUCAGCUCUACCCAAGCACUUAGGACAGAGGCUGGGCAGGCUCCUUCCUGCAGCCCCGCUCUUGGGGUGCUGGGUCCUUCAGCUCUAAUAGGCAGAAACUCCUAGGAAAGGCCCAGCAGAAGCUGCCCAUGGACAUGCUGGUGUUGGAGGAUGAGAAGCACCACAGGGCUCCGAGUAUGGCCUUACAAAAGGCUAAGAUUCAUGCCUUCCAGACUGGACCUGUGGACGAGGAGACAUUCCUGAAAGCAGCAGUGGAGGGGAAAAUGAAGGUCAUUGAGAAAUUCCUGGCCGAUGGGGGUUCCCCGGACACCUGUGAUCAGUUCCGCCGGACAGCAUUGCAUCGAGCUUCCCUGGAAGGCCACAUGGAGAUCCUGGAGAAGCUUCUGGAGAGUGGGGCUACUGUGGACUUCCAGGAUCGGCUGGACUGCACGGCCAUGCAUUGGGCCUGCCGUGGGGGCCACUUGGAGGUGGUAAAACUCCUGCAAAGCCGAGGAGGAGACACCAACAUAAGAGAUAAGCUGCUGAGUACCCCCCUGCAUGUGGCAGUCCGGACGGGGCAGGUGGAGAUUGUGCAGCACUUUCUGUCCCUGGGCAUGGACAUCAAUGCCAAAGACAGAGAAGGGGACAGUGCCCUGCACGAUGCUGUGAGGCUCAACCGCUACAAAAUCAUCAAAUUGCUGCUUCUGCAUGGGGCUGACAUGAUGACCAAGAACCUGGCAGGAAAGACCCCCACGGACCUGGUGCAGCUGUGGCAGGCUGACACCCGGCAGGCUCUGGAGCACCCAGAGCCAGGGGCAGAGCAGAACGGGUUGGAGGGUCCUGCUGAGAGUGUGCAGGAGACCCCCCAGCCUGUGCCAGCCCAGUGA